CGUGACGUGAGAUGAAGUAAUUUCUCAAUCCCACUUCACUUCACGCAUGCCUUCAGUUCGAGCUCCUUCACGCUUCAGACUGUAAAUAGAACCCCUCCCUCACCUUCAACUCUUCUUCUUCUGCGAUCUAGGGUUCUGCCGCUGGGGUCAUGACAUAGCCUCAGCCGCGCUGCCUCUUGACGCCGCACCUCGUCUCGGCAUCUCGACAUCUCCCGUCGUCGCUGUCGUCGAUCGUCUCGGAGGAGCACCACGCCGAGCCACUCAGAUCUGCCGUCGCACGUCGUCCUCCUCGCCCAUGCCACUGUGCCGUCACUGCUCCUCGUCGAAAUUAUUUUAAAAUCAGGUAUAUGGUAAAUCCAAAUUCUCAGUAUCCGUGGAAUUACUGUAUCUAUAAUUUCUAGAGUUUCUGAAGGUGAGUGAGUGAGUCAAGAAGAAGAAAAAAGAAAAAGGAAUGGGUGCUCAGAGAAAAGGUGCAACUAGGGCAGAGGACUCCGACGAACUGGCACGUGUCCCCUUGCAGGCCAUCCUCUUGGCUGAUAGCUUCGCCACCAAGUUCCGUCCCAUCACCCUCGAACGGCCCAAAGUAUUGCUACCCUUGGUAAAUGUCCCAAUGAUUAGUUACACCUUAGCUUGGCUUGAAUCUGCUGGUGUUGAAGAGGUUAUUGUUUUUUGCUGUGCUCAUUCCAAGCAAGUGAUUGGUUAUUUGGAGAGUUCUGAGUGGCUUUCCCAGCCAAACUUCUCGGUCACGACAAUAGAGUCGCACAAUUCUGUCAGUGCUGGUGAUGCAUUGCGCUUAAUUUAUGAGCGUAAUGUGAUACAUGGAGAUUUUAUCCUUAUAAGUGGAGAUACUGUGAGCAACAUGUCACUUACUCAGGUGCUUCAGGAACACAGGGAGAGAAAAAAGAAAGAUCCUAAUGCUGUAAUGACCAUGGUUAUUAAACGGUCAAAGUCUUCUCCAAUCACUCGACAAUCUCGACUUGGUACUGAUGAGCUGUUUAUGGCAAUAGAUCCUAAUACUAAGCAGCUUUUAUAUUACGAGGACAAGGCAGAUUAUUCAAAAGCGGUCAUAUGUCUUGAUAAGUUGCUGCUCACUGAUAAUUCAUCAAUUUCUUUGCAUAAUGACACACAGGAUUGCUAUAUUGAUAUCUGCUCACCAGAAGUGCUCAGCCUUUUUACAGACAAUUUUGACUAUCAACAUCUACGGCGCCAUUUUGUUAAGGGAUUGCUUGUUGAUGAUAUUAUGGGCUACAAAAUAUUCACACAUGAAAUUCACUCGAGUUAUGCGGCUAGAAUUGAUAACUUCCGAAGCUAUGACACUAUUAGUAAGGACAUAAUUCAAAGGUGGACAUACCCAUUUGUGCCAGAUGUUAAAUUUGGUGGGAAUUCUGCCACUAAACUGGAAAGACAGGGGAUGUAUCGAGCAUCAGAAGUGGUGCAAUCGCGGUCUGCAGAAAUUGGUCCUUUUACUGUCAUUGGAAAUGGUACCAAAAUUGGGAGUAACACUAAAAUUUCAAAUUCAGUUGUUGGGGAAGGAUGUACUAUAGGAUCAAAUGUCUCAAUAGAAGGUUCUUAUAUUUGGAAUAAUGUCACUAUUGAAGAUAACUGUAAGCUAAUGCAUGCAAUAGUAUGUGAUGGAGUGGUUAUGAAGUCAGGAGCAGUGUUGGAACCUGGUGUAGUUUUGUCUUUUAAGGUUGUAAUAGGGCAACAAUUCGUUGUUCCUUCAUACUCAAAGGUAUCUUUACAUGAACAGCCGAUUAAGCAAGAUAGUGACGAGGAGCUGGAGUAUGCCGACAAUAGCAGUGGGAUUGGGGAACUUUCAUCAAUUGCAGGUACAGUGGAUAAGUCAAAUGGGGUGAUGUCAUCCCAAUUAUCUGGGGAACAAUGUCAGCCUACAGACGAGCUUGGUACAGGUGGGAUUGGAUAUGUUUGGUCAAUAUGUGAAGGAAGCCACGAAGAAGAAUGGAGGCAUUCAAUUGCACCGAUUCCUGCAGAUAAACUUGCUGAGGCAAUUCAAACUACAGAAGAUGAUCUAGAGUUGAUCACUCAAGAUGGUAGUGUUCUCCCAGCUUCAGGAGAGUUGAAACUUGACUCCAUCGAUUCAGAUGAUGUUGAUAAUGAAGAUUCUAGAGAUGACUCUAUCGACUUUGAGAAAGAGGUUGAAGCAACUUUUCUACGGGCUGUGCAUGAAAAUAUUAAAGAAGACCAUGUAAUCUUAGAAGUGAACUCAUUGCGGUUGUCGUACAAUAAGUUAUUCGCCGACUGUGCUGGAGCUAUAUUCUAUUCAAUGAUGAAAUUGGCGUUAGAAACUCCGCAUACUUCAGCUAACCAGCAACUAUGUCGUGCUGUUAGAAGCUUGGUCAGUUUCUAAUUGUCCAAUGGCAUGGCACAUAAUUGGUUGGAAAAAAGAUCCCUUCUGGAGGCCACGUAGCAUACAAGGAGACUUAUUUCUCUGGGAGUAUAUUUCUAUUGUGGUUUGUGAGGCUUUUGGAUGCUUUCCCUUAAAAUUUAGCCACUGUCAGAAAAUUCCUGGAAGCACUUUUUUUUCUUUAGGCUAAUUUACUUCAUUUUAAUGAAUUAUAUAUCCUUCUAUUGUCAAGGCUCAAUCAGUCUCGAAACCCUAAAACAGAUGGAUUUUCUGUGUGUAGGUGUCUUUUGUCUUGGAUAAAGUUGGUCUUCUCUUCAAUUAUUGUUCGUAUGGUGAUCAGAUUCUAUCGCCCAUGUUAUUUAUGUGUUGCAUAUCGUAACUAGUUAUCUGGUUGGUUCGCUCUUCAUGUGUGUGAAAAACAUAUUUUUAAAUGACUGAAAAUCUAGUUAUUAUUUAAGUUGGGUUAAUUACAUUUUACUUCAUGAACUCUCACCCAAUUCACACUUAACACCCGUAAACUUCAACUCAAGGCAACUCAGACCCUGUUUUGAAAUUCUGAUAUCAGUUUGACUCCUCCCAAAAAUAUACCAUUAAUUUUGACAGAGAUAUGUACAAAAGGACUAAAAUACCCUUGAUGUUACAGUUGAGCCUAUCAGCUGUGCAUGAAGGAUAAUUUCAACUUGCUGAAUGUCUUUCCAUUAAAAUUUAGGCUGGUUUUUACAGAGGGUGUAAUUGAUACUGAAAGUUUAAAAUAGGGUAUGGGUUAUACUGGGUUGAAUGUCAUGUUUGUAAGUGAGAAUAGGGUUAGUUUUUUGCUAAGUAGAUAGGUGAUUCAUGGAGGGUAAAUGCAAUGACCUCUCUGAAUUUAAAUUAUAUGCUGCUCAAUCAUCUCUAAUGUAUAUAUCUUGAAACCCAUUGUAGUGAUCGGAUUAUAUUAUUAGUACCACCCAAAAUGUUUAUCAUAUUUGUGAACUUUUAAUAUAUUAUGUUAUUGGAAUUCUUCCAUCUUUCUUUUGAUUUCUUCAUGACAAUUGUUUAUUAUUUAUAUCUUGAUCCUUGAUUUUUCCCUUAUUUACAUGUGUAAAAAAAUUCCCUUUUAGGCCCAAAAUAAAGUGGUUAUAAGUUUUAGCACUUUCAAGGAAACUCUUGCUUGUUAGAUCCUAUUCUCUUCUUUUUGCUGUUUUACAUAUUGGCAUGUUUUGACAUUGUACCCAUGUUCAGUACUGCCGAUGCUAUGUUGGCCUUAUGAUUGCCAUUAUUCUACUUAACGUUAUAAAUUGGCUCAUGAUUCUCAUUAUCUUGUUUGGACAUUUAUACUUACUAAUGCUACAGAUAUACUUCUGUGUAAACAGAUGUCAUCUAUGUAUGAAAAGUUAAUGUUCUUACCUUUUGAUCCAUGAAAUGAACAAUUCUGUUCUUCUUAAUCUACU